AUGAGGACCACAACCAGCUUUCUUGCUGUGGUUGCUCUGCUGGCCAGCACUGGAGUGUGGUGGCGCUUUGGCACCGCUAUCUCCUGCAGCCCUGCAGCCGGCUGUCUCCAGAGCUCAGGCACCUUGGCUUACUCGAAGCGGCCACACGGGCUCACCGAGUGCGGGCACAGGUGCCUGGUCUGGAGCGGGAUCCCCAAUUUCGUCGAGAGGUUCCCGAACAAAGGUCUGGGAGAUCACAACUUCUGCCGAAAUCCCGACGGGCGGCUGAAACCCUGGUGCUUUAUCAGAAAUCACCGUGGAAGGAUCGACUGGGCAUAUUGCAACUGCAAACAGGAUUUCAUCAGAUUGCAAGGAGGUGAAAAUCAACGUGAAGGUCGAGUUGAAGUUUACGUGAACGGAGUAUGGGGACUGAUAUGCAACAGGAACUGGGACAAUCGGGAUGCAUCAGUUGUUUGUCGACAGCUUGGAUAUGGUGAAAGUGGCAAAGCUGAGCAGAUACCUAUUUCUGGAUUGGUUCCUGUUCAUUGGAGUAACGUCCAGUGCCGUGGUGAUGAACACAAUUUAUUUGAGUGUGCCAAAGAAACCAGACAGCGUGAGAAUUGCCUCUAUAAACGGGCAGCAGCAGUUACUUGCAAUCCUCCCAAAGCAUCUGUAUUUGUUCCAAUUCGACUGGUUGGAGGUAGUUCUGAGUAUGAAGGCCGUGUGGAAGUCUAUCGUUCUGGGCAAUGGGGAACAGUGUGUGAUGACCACUGGGAUGAAGCUGACGCUGAAGUUGUCUGCAGGCAGCUGGGCAUAAGUAGUCCAGCCAAAGCGCAGCCGCUGGCCUAUUUUGGAGAGGGUUCUGGCCCAAUACUACUGGAUGAUGUGCAGUGCACAGGGAAUGAACUCUCUAUAGACCAGUGUCCAAAGAGUUUGUGGGGAGAACACAACUGUGGGCACAAGGAAGAUGCAGGUGUGUCCUGCAACCCUCUUAGGGAUGGUGCAGUGCGCCUAGUCGGAGGGAAGGGCGGCCAUGAAGGACGGCUUGAGGUGUAUUACGAUGGCCAGUGGGGAACUGUCUGUGAUGAUGGUUGGACAGAGCGGAAUGCUCAAGUUGUUUGUAGGCAACUGGGAUUCAGAUAUGCACAGAAUCCUCUGGAAGGUCAGUUUGAAGGAGGCUCUGGGCCUAUUUACUUGGAUGACGUCCACUGCUCAGGUCAGGAAUCCUUGUUGUCUUUGUGCCCCAGAAGUGAAUGGGGGAAGCAUGACUGCAGCCAUCAGGAGGACGUGAUGGUCAUUUGCACACUCAAUGCUGUGAAUAACAUCCACGGAAUUCCUUUUGGUCCCCCUAUCAGAUUGAUGGAUGGAGAAAAUAAAAAAGAAGGACGUGUUGAAAUUUUUAUCAAAGGCCAAUGGGGAACUAUUUGUGAUGAUGGAUGGACUGACAAAGAUGCUGCUGUGGUCUGCCGUCAGCUGGGAUACAAGGGCCCAGCCAAGGCAAGGCCGCUGGCUUAUUUUGGAGAUGGUGUGGGGCCGAUACAUAUGGAUAAUGUGAAAUGCACUGGGACUGAGCAAACAUUGUCAGAUUGCAUCAAGCAAGACAUUGGAACACACAACUGUCGACAUAGUGAGGAUGCAAGUGUGAUCUGUGACUAUAGUGGCAAAAAAGCAGGAAACCUAUGGGACAUAGGGUCAAUGUCCUCUCUCUGUGGCUUACGAUUACUGAACCAACGGCAGAAACGGAUUAUUGGUGGGAAAAAUUCUUUAAGGGGCGGGUGGCCUUGGCAGGCAGCCAUCCGGCUGAGAGCAUCCCACGGAGAGGGGAGAUUACUGUGCGGUGCCACUCUCAUUGACAGCUGUUGGGUUCUCACUGCAGCUCACUGCUUUAAAAGGUACGGCAACAGCACAAAAAAUUAUAUAGUGCGUGUUGGCGAUUACCAUACGUUAGUAUCUGAGGAAUAUGAGGAAAACUUUGAAGUGAAGAGGAUUAUUAUCCACAAGGACUACAAGCCUGAUGCUAAUGAUUAUGACAUUGCAUUGGUAAAGCUAGAGGGACAGCAGGAACAUUGCGUCAAAUUCAGUGCCCAUGUUCUGCCAAUAUGUCUACCACACAGGAGAGAGCGCAUACAAAAAAGAAGUUCAAACUGUUACAUCACUGGAUGGGGUGACACAGGAAGAGCUUAUUCAAAGACCCUGCAGCAAGCUGCCAUCCCAUUGCUUCCAAAAAGGCAUUGUGAGGAGCGCUACAAGCAGAGGUUCACAGGAAGGAUGCUCUGUGCAGGAAACCUACUGGACCACAAACGAGUAGACAGCUGUCAAGGUGAUAGUGGUGGACCAUUGAUGUGUGAAGGAGCAGGAGGACACUGGGUUGUAUUUGGUGUGACCUCCUGGGGACAUGGCUGUGGUGUAAAGGAUACCCCAGGUGUCUACACAAAAAUCUCUACCUUUGUGCCUUGGAUUAAACGUGUGACUAAAUUGUAGGCAGCUGGGAGCCAAGGAUAUGCCAGGAGAUUGGUGCUGGCUGCUGACUAAGCACAUAAUGGAGUCAUCCAAAUUCAAUCUGCAACUACUUUAUUGCGAUGCCAAGAGCAUUUCCAGAAUUCAAGUAAAAAUGCAGAAAAAGAUCAGGCCCAAUAUGGUGCUUUUAUAAUUAUAGAUCACAGCAACAAAUGAACUGUCUAUCAAAGGGCUGACAAGCGUGUUUAGGAGAACUGUGCACCAUCAACUUUUAUUUUGUUGCAAAUAUAUUGUACAAUAUAAAAUGUAAAGAAAUUUUUGAUUUUGUUCUAAUCUGGUGGCCUGUACUUUCCUGAACUGGGAAUGCAUUGUCAGAAAUAAUGGUGCUUAUUUAUUUAUUUUUUUGUAUCCUUUGCCACUCAAUAGUGCCCCACUGUGGAGAGAAACUAUAUAACUACAGAUCAUCUGAGGGACUUCAUGUUGUGCUCAGUAUAAUGUUUGCCCAGAUUAGCUUCAGAAGUAUACAGGGCGACUGUAUUCUGUGCAAUAAAGAGUAAGCUGCCUUGCCUUCAUUCACCUUCGCACUAUGAGGAGCAGGAUAAUUAAUAAACAUGGGAUCUUUGGCUUCUUACCAAGACCCUUUCCUUUGGCUUGUGAGUUAACAAAUGAAUUGGUGACGUUUAUGACAAUGUCAAUUCUCCAAUUAAUGCCGAUAGUAUUUAUAUCUUGAGUUAACUGAGAAAAUUGCACUACCUUGUAAUAUGGGAUUUUAUUUUAUUUUUUCAUUUUAACAAAGUGCUCAAGUCUCAGGAAGAACAAAUAGCUGGG